UUCUCGAACACUUGGGUUAUCAAUUGUGGGAUAUAAUGAUAACUAAACUAUUCGUCUUCAUUCUCGUCUGCGGUAUUGCAUGGAUUGGCGCUUUCGUUGAUGCACGACCACCCAUCAUUUGCCGUGGGCCACCGCGCUACAACACACCCUCGCAACACCAGCCCUACGUGCGUGAGUUGGAGCGACGGGGCUUCAUCAAUGAGGAAGGCGUCAUUGACAAGACUAAAAUAGAUGAAUUCUUCAUCGUCAAGUCUGAACAUGCAGAGAGGGCUUUGAAAAUUAUUAGUGGAUAUAAGCAGUGCGCAGAUGAAGUAAUGGACAGUCAAAUCACGGACAACAAAUAUGAAGAUUACCUCAAGUGCUUGAACAACAAUGAAAACGCAAAGCUGUUGUUCGAAAAAAUGUGAUAACGAGUUUCAAUCAAAGAAUGUCAAAAUUACUACUCUCGAAAAAUUGUAGUGAUAGCACGGGCAAAAGGGCGCGAAGUAAUUAAAUGAAUUUUUCACUGAAAUCACUAGAAAUUUUACCAGAAAGCCUUAGAGAUUUUACCUUAACAGCA